UAUAACUUUUUUGGUGCUUCACCUUUGAAAAAUCACUGGAGAGUAAUUUAUAAUUAUAUGGAAGAGCAAGAUCUUCUUGACUUCAAAUCAAGAUCAUUUCCAUGUUUUGAUAGUGCCAAGCACAGUAUCCUUUGUUCAGAACUGAAGCAACUAUAUGUCGCCAUUACUUGUACGAAGCAACGGCUGUGGAUUUGUGAGAGUAUUGAUGAAUUCUCUAAGCCCAUGUUUGAUUACUGGAAGAAGUUAUGUCUUGUGCAAGUAAGACACCUAGAUAGCUCACUCAUGCAGGCUAUGCAAGCAGCAAGCAGUGCCGAUGAUUGGAGGAUGCGUGGUAUCAAGCUUUUUAAUGUGGGUAACUUUGAGAUGGCGGCAAUGUGUUUCGAGCGGGCAGGAGAUGAAUUCAGGGAAAAGUGGGCAAAAGCAGCAGCCCAUCGUGCUAAUGCUGAACUCAUUCUUUCCACAAAUUUUGAAAUGGCUCGGACUCCACUUACACAAGCUGCUGAGAUUUAUGAAUCCAUUGGCAAGGCAGAAGCAGCUGCAAAUUGUUUUGUAACGUUGAUGGAGUAUGAAAGAGCAGGAAUGAUUUAUUUGGAGAAAUGUGGCAUGUCAAGGCUUGAGGAUGCAGGGGACUGUUUUGUUAUGGCCAAAUGUUGGUCUCUUGCUGCUGAAGUAUAUGCCAAAGGAAAAUAUUUCUCCAAGUGCUUGUCUGUUUGCAGCAAAGGAGAACUUUUUGAUUUGGGUUUGCAAUUCAUAGAACAGUGGAAGGAAGACUUGUCCUCAGACGAUUUUGGUACUGAAGAAGUAGAUGGGGUUAGAACUUCAUUCUUACAGAGCUGUGCACUCCACUAUCUCGAGCUUGGAGAUACCAAAUGCAUGAUGAAGUUUGUUAAGGCUUUCCCUUCUAUGGACUUGAUCCGUACUUUUUUGAAGUUGAGGAAUUAUCUUGAUGAGCUGGUUGUGAUAGAGAUGGAAUCAGGAAACUAUAUGGAGGCAGCCGACAUUGCGCGAAUGAAUGGCGAUCUCUUUCUUGAGGCUGAGAUGCUUGAGAAAGCUGGGCAUUUCGAAAAUGCGUCACGCUUGAUUAUUCUUCAUGUUGUUAUGAGCUCUCUUUGGGCAGAUGGAAGCAAGGGUUGGCCCUUGAAGCCAUUCCCACAGAAAGAGGAACUCUUAAUGAAGGUGAAAUCGCUAGCAGAGCGAGCAUCAAAUGUCUUCUAUGAGUCGAUUUGUGCUGAGGUAGGUGUAUUGUCAGACCAAGCCACCAGUUUGUUGAACUUGUUGGAUCACUUAAAUACUGCUCGGAGAUAUCAAAAUGUCCGUCUGGAAAUAUUCGCUGCCCGUAAAAUUCUCGACAUCCAUCUACAGUCAGAACCCUCAAAUUUUCAUUGGGAAUCUGCAGCAAUCUUGGAUUUGAGCAAGCACGCAAAUGAAAUGGUGGUCCGGAAUUCAUUCUCUGUUGAAACAUUGAUAUAUUUUUGGAAUUUGUGGAAGGAAAUGAUUCUGAAUAUGUUAUCUUAUGUUCAAUUACGUGGAAAAUCUGUUGCAAAAGACUUCUUGGCAUUUGAAGAAUUCUGUUUGGAAUAUUUUGGAGUGCGGAAACAGGAUAAUCAAAAUACCUUCAUUGCGCUCAAUUCAGAUGCAUGCUGGAUUAAAGUGAAUGAUGCUGGUUCUCUGCAAUGCGAUCAGAACAUGGUUUGGAUGAACACAUGUCAAUUCAUGUCAUGUGCACAAGACUUUUUUGCUUUGGAACUGCCAUCAAUUGGUAUGAAAGUGCUGGAGAGACUUGAGUUUCUGCAUAGUUUUUCUACGAAGAAACCUUUGCUGUUAUUUUGCCAAGGACAAGUCAUCCUUCAUAUGUUUGCCAUUGCAAAAUUUCUAAAUGAGUCCAAAUUGCUUGAUUUGAAAUACUCUGUUGGGAAGCUAAGAGGAUCCCUCUCUUUGUGUAAGAGAUGCUUCCUUGAUAUAGUUUUUCCACUUGAUUGUGGAAAAUCAAUAACAGAGGGUAUGGUUUCUUUGCGUAAGAGUGGGAUUGCUGGAGAUAUACUUGAAGAAAUCCUCAUAGAAAAUCUCAAUCCUGAGAAUGGCAGGUUGACACAUGGUCAGAUUGGAUGGGCUGUGAUGCUGAUGUUUGUCUCUGGAAGGUUAACUGAAGAAUUGUAUCAAAAGAUCAAGAUCUGUUUGGAUCAGAUGCCAGAAUGGAAAGAGUUCAUUGAACUGCUGAAGACUGACAUGGAUAUGGGCAUUGGACGAUUCAUUCUAGUCUUACGAUUCCGAGCAGCUCUGGCAAGCACAUUCAUGGCAUCUCGGAGAGAAUAUGAUUACAUCUCUCCCCACUGUUUUAUGUAUCUCUUUGAGUGUCUUAUGUUUUUGGCAUCGUCCUGCCUGGGACGCGGAAGGUUCUUCUAUACUACAAAAUUGACUUUCUUUGAAAUGGCUACUUGCAAAGUGUGGAAGGGUUCUUUGGGUUCUUUGGAUCCCUGUUUCUUAGCUCCAGAUAUGCAAAGCAUGGUACCCAAAGUGCUGGAAUUAUGUGCAACUUUAGCUGAGCAGCUUCUGAUUGAUAAACGGGGCAUGAGGGAAUGGGUCAGGAUGAUGUCUGUCCCCAAUUGGUACUAUCAUUUUCUGAUGUCUAGAUUAGUUGUCGUAAUCAGUUUAACUUAUCUAAACUCCGAAUGGGAUCUUUCUAGAAUUUCAGAGCUUCUUCUUAGGAAUGAAAUUCUUUCAGAUUUGCCUAAGCAGUUCUCUGAUAAGCUUCAGAGAGGUUGUCGAAUGAGAGAUAGAGGUCAGUUUUUAAGAAUGGUUGCAGAAGCAUUGGAAGCAACUGGCAAUCGUUUAGUGGUUGUGACCUCAGAAAACAAUCGCUCAGAAUUCUUGAAUCUGAAUGCUUUGAUUGUCACCCCGGAGGCAGAUCAUUCUUCUAGUCUGCAAACAAAAUAUGAUCGGUUUCAGGAAACAUUUGAUAUGAUCCAAGAAAUGAAAAGUGGGUGUUCUGAAAAUGCAGGUUGCUUUGCAUUGAAUGCCCCAAAAAUUAAGGUUUAUGUGGAGGAAUCCAUCUGUGUUCUUGAUGAUGUAACAGUAGCAACUAGCUCGAUCCAAAAAGAACAAGAAAAUCUUGACCACAGAAAUUUGAUCAGAGAAAUGAAAAGCAUGCUCAGUGAAUUGAAACAGCUCUCUGAUGCUUUGGAUGCAAGGGAAGAGGAAAUCGAGAACAAAAUUCCGACGGUGAUGAUGCUUUCUGAAAGGUUAUGGGAUCGGAAGUCGGGGCAGCUGGACGGCUACUUGCUUGGCUUUCUUGCUUCGGCUUCUAAAAGGGAGAGAGUUAAAGGGUUGAGGUUCAAUACCGACCAGUUAUUUUUACCAAGUGACGAAAACACCCUGGAGGAGCACCCUGCUACAUCUACCUUGAGUGACCAUGGUCAGAGCAACUAAGGAAAGGGAAAAUCAUGUGGAGGAUACGGUACCAGAGACAUCUGGUCCAAGCAACCAAGGCAAGGGCAACAGGGCUAAGGAAAAUAACAACUCUAGGCAAAAGAGAAAAGGUAAGGCCAAGAAAAGAUAAAAGUCUUCUCCUUUCUAUUUAUUGUACAAGGAUUUGUGUAAAUGAAACAAGUAAAAAAAAAGAAAAGAAAGAAAAGAAAUGGACCUCCAUUUAUAUAUGGAAUUUCAAGUAAUGAGAUUGUGAUGAGUUAUAGGUGUC